AUGUAUGGAUCUGAAUAUCCGGUGGUGAAAGAACUUGGUAAAGGAGCAACAAAUGCUGGUAAAAAAGCAAUGGUAAGAGAAUGGCUUCGUGAUGAAAAAAUUUCUGUUUCUUUACCAAAUAUUUUUGAACUGGGGAUACGUAAAUCAUUGCCCCAUCAUUUAGGAGAAUCAUAUUCCCAUUUCUUAAUUGUCGAUAAACCUGAAUAUGACUUGGUCUUAGGAAGUUCAUGGCUAAUAGGGUGUGGAUCUGAUAUUGAUUAUUAUGCUUAUCAAAUAGACAGAAAUGCCCUUUGGGAGAAAAGGGGGAAAUUUUGCUGGAGAGAAGAUAGUAUAGAAAUAAUGCCUCAAUCAGCAAGUAUUGGAGAUGAUACUUCCAAUUCUGAUCCACCCCUUCCAAUCUUUACUGUCAUCUUCGAAAAGAGACAAAAGAACAUUAUUCCACAAUAA